CCACACGCCAACACACGAGAAUGAUUUAGAGACUCGCGUCGCCAGGGGGCGGGGCUGCAGUCGUUACAAGGACGCCUUGAAAGUUUGCCUACCAAUCAGAUGUCAGAACACCCCAAAAAACAAGCUGCCCCUGGACGGGAUUGGUCUUCUAAGUUUCAUCACCUACACCUGGGUGACGCCCUACCUGUGGCGGGUGUACCGCCAGGGGGUGCAGGUUGUACAGGGGCUUCAGAUCUCCGAUCUGGAGAGUUCCGAUACCACAGUGUUGAGGGUCGAGAGAUACUGGAAGGAGCAGGUGGAGUCAAAAGGUGAAGGUCAGGCCUCUCUGUUUGCAGCGGUUCUCAAGUUGUUCAGGACCCGUCUGAUAUGUGGCAUCAUCAUGUCCAUGAUUGUUGCCUUCUUCACUCUAGCUAACCCAAUCUUGGUGAUCCAGUUUUUUCUGAGCUACCUGUCAGAAGGGGAUGUAAGUGUACGUUCUGGUCUGGUCUAUGCCAUCAUGUUGGGCCUCAUCAUCAUCAUCAGAAGCUUUGUGGAUUCUGUCUUUUGGAUGUUAAAUUUUAGGGCAGCUGUUCGCAUCAAGUUUGGUAUCCUGGCCUUGCUGUACAAAAAAGUGCUCAGAUUAAAGACCCUGAGAGAUAAAAGUAUAGGAGACCUGGCAAAUGUAAUAGGAAAUGACGGAGAGAGGAUCUGGGCAGGAAUAGUUAUGGGCCCUUUCAUCCUGGUGGCCCCGAUGGUUAUAAUCAGUGGCCUUGUGUACUGUGUCGUCUACUUGGGCCCAUGGGCCUUGCUCAGCUGUUUGAUUGUUCUUGGGUUCUUUCCCUUUGCUGGUGCGUUUGCCAAGAUGGCUGAGAAGUACAGAGAAGUGAGCAUCAAAAUUACGGACAAAAGGGUUGGUCUAAUAUCUGAGCUUUUAACAUCCAUUAAACUUGUUAAAAUGUAUGUAUGGGAAACAUCUUUUUCUCAAAAAAUUUCAGAGAUACGAGCAAGUGAGAAAUCCAUCAUAGAAAAAAGUGUGUUUGCGCUAAGUAUAACCAUGGGGUCCUCCAUGUUGGUGUCUGUCUUUGCCAGCUGUCUGACAUUCAUCUGUUAUGUAGCAACAGGGAAUAAUUUAACUCCAACACAGGCUUUUACCUUUGUUGCUCUGCUGAACUCUAUGCAAGGUUCACUGCUGUCUGUGCCCUUUGCCCUCAAGUCUAUCUCAGAGAUGGCUGUCACACUCAAGAGAAUACAGGCAAUUUUGUUAAUGGAUGAAAUAAAUGGCCAGUACCAACAACCAUCUGAGAACUCUUUGGCUGUGGAGAUAAAAAAUGCUUCUUUUGCCUGGAGCAGCAAUCGAAGUAGGAAAAAAGAGAAUGAGGCAAGCAAGAAACCUGAAGAGGAAGUGGGGCUAAAUGAGGCUGACAUGGAGAAAAACGAGCAGAUAUUUUCUGGGCCAUCUCUCACAAACAUCAGCUUGACCAUAAAAAAGGGUCAACUUGUCGGCGUGUGUGGAAGUGUAGGCUGUGGCAAGACUUCCCUUAUCAACGCACUCUUGGGGCGGCUUGACUUGUCUGAAGGUUAUGUAGCUGUAUCUGGCCACUCUGUAGCCUACGCCCCCCAGCAGGCGUGGAUCACCAACGACACAGUGAAAAACAACAUUGUGUUUGGACACACGUAUGAUGCUGACAGGUACAAACAGGUAGUACAAGCCUGUGCACUGACCCAAGAUUUUCAAGCACUUCCUAAAGGGGACGUAACUGAGGUGGGAGAGAGAGGUUCAAAUCUCAGUGGGGGACAGAAGCAGCGCAUCGCCCUGGCCAGAGCCGCCUACAGUUACAGCGACCUAGUCCUGCUGGACGACCCGCUGUCCUCAUUAGAUGUCCACGUUGGCCACCAUAUAUUUCACAACUGCAUUCUGGGAUUGUUGAAAAAUCGUUCCGUGCUGUUGGUGACACACAGCGUUCAGUAUCUCAAGGACUGUGAUCACAUUCUUGUGAUGAAAGAGGGAACCAUAGUUGAGCAGGGGUCACAUGACCAGCUCACAGCCAAUGCAAAGGAGUAUUUUAAUAUACUGGAGUCGUACAACAAAAAGGAGCAACAUGCACCUAAUGUUUCUAUUGACAAUGGUCCAGGUCAUGAAAGUCUCAACAAUGAAACAAAUGUGCAGGAGACUAGUAUACUGUCUGUAAACUCUGAGACUAAAGAGCUCCUACCACAAGAAACUGAAGACACUGAUGCACUGAUGAAAGAAGAGGUUGUCCAGAAAGGAGUCUCUAUAUCGGUCAUCUUCCAGUACAUCGCAGCCAUGGGGGGUGCCCUGAGCCUGGUGUGUGUGCUGGUCAGUUUCCUGCUCCCUGCUGCUGGCACAGCCUCAGCUGUUUGGUACCUGUCCUACUGGCUGAAGCAGGGAAGUGGGGCUGGCUGGUACUUGUCCUACUGGCUCAAGCAGGGAAGUGGGAACACAAGUGUACAGGUUGGCAACGUGACUGUCCCGAGCACUCGUGUAGUGGACAACCCUGAGCUAGAAACCUACCUGUUGAUCUAUGCAGCAUUUCUUCCACUGCUCAUUAUCGUUAUCAUCAUCAAGUCAUUUACACUCAGAAAGCUGUCCUUAAAAGCCAGUACACACCUACACAACAAAGGCUUCAAGCACGUCCUACAGAGUCCUGUCUCUUUCUUUGAUACUACUCCAGUUGGUCGCAUCGUUAACAGGUUUUCUGCAGACAUUGACGAACUUGAUUCUAGACUUCCAAUGAACGUGGACGUAUUCUUGUCCAAUGUGAUGCAGAUCGUGGCAGCUCUGGUCAUCAUUGCGUACGUCCUGCCCUGGUUCCUCGUGGCUGUGGUCCCACUGGCCGUUAUCGUCACGUUCCUCAUGGUGAUGUUCCACAAGUGUGUGCAGGAACUCAAGUACCUGGAGAACAUCACCAGGUCACCUGUCAUGAGUCACAUGGGUUCAUCUGUGCAAGGGUUGGCGUCUAUAGCGGCGUACCAAAAGUCUGCAGAUUUUUUCAAAAAACACUGCCAGCUGUUGAACACCAAUGCUGUAGCGCUGAUGCUGUUCUAUGUUUCCAACCGAUGGCUGACCCAGCGCCUGGACAUGAUCAGUGGCGUCGUGUGCUUCGUCUCCUCCCUGCUCAUACUCAUCACAUAUGAUUACAUCAGCCCUAGUCUUGCCGGCCUCGCGCUUUCUUAUGCAAUACAGCUGACUGGUUUGUUCCAGUUUGCAGCUGUCCUGGCCAUUGAAACUGAGGCAAGAUUCACGUCCGUGCAGAGAUUUCUAGAAUAUUGUGACUUGGAGCAACAAGAAGCCACUGAAGAGGUCCUGGUCACCCAGCCUGUGGGCUGGCCUAAAGAGGGCGCCAUACGCUUCAGUGAUGUCAGACUUCGCUAUAAGACUGGUGGCCCUCUGGCACUCAAAGGGUUAAACUUCAGGAUUGAAUCCCGUGAAAAGAUUGGAAUUGUUGGCAGGACAGGGGCAGGAAAGACAUCGCUGACAGCUGUUCUGUUUAGGCUUAACGAACUAGAAUCUGGUCAUGUGACUAUUGAUGGUGUGGAUAUAGCAACAUUAGCUCUUCAUGACCUUCGAAAAAGAUUAUCCAUAAUUCCGCAGGAUCCGGUUUUGUUUGUGGGGACUCUAAGGUACAACCUGGACCCAUUCAACCAGUUCUCUGAUGCCAGCAUAUGGGAUGCACUUGAGAAAUGUCACAUAUCCAACAUGAUCAGGACACUGGAACAACAGCUGGACACAAUCGUGGUGGAAAACGGGGACAACUUCUCUGUGGGGGAGAAACAGCUGAUCUGUAUGGCCAGAGCACUUCUUCGCAGCAGUAAAAUACUAAUCCUGGAUGAAGCUACAGCAGCCAUAGACUCAGAGACAGACUCCCUCGUCCAGCAGACGCUGAAAGAUGCCUUCAGUGACUGCACCAUGUUGAUCAUUGCUCACAGACUCCAUACAGUACUGGGUUGUGAUAAAAUCUUGGUCAUGGAAGAUGGAAAUGUCCUGGAGUUUGACAAGCCCUCUGCCCUAUUGGACAGCCCAAAUUCCAGAUUUAAAACGAUGCUGAACUCCAUGAAUUUACAAUCUGAUGACAAGAUGGAAAGUUGAUGAAAACAUUUCAUAGCAUUUUUAAUUUUUUUUUUUAAAACUCAUUUCAUUUUAACUUGUAAGAUAUUUUUAUGGAUGAAACAAUUUUUACACAAAAUAUAUGGACUGUAUAAAAUUAUGCAAACUAACUCCACUUUGAUAUUUUUGAAAAUCAGUUUUAAAUUCCCUCCUGUGGAUUGUUUAAUUUUAAUAUCUAAUAUUUAAAUGCAGCUGGUUUUAAAAUAAUGUACAGAGAUGAUGUAAAGACGUGGAGAUUAGGGGUGUAAAUACAUUUCAAUGUUUAUUUAAUUAAUGGUCACUGUUUGAUGUCUCACUGAGUGGGGAUGUUUGUUUUUUUUAAUUGUACUUUACAUCCAGUCCAGGUUUUAUGUCCAAGGAAGUAGGAGAGAAUGUUUGUUUUUGUAUUACUUGUGCAAUACAAUGAAUUGUUUUAUGUACCGGUAGGAGGAGAAAGAAUACAUGUCUAAUGGGGGAAGACAUUGGUUGAAGGUUUGGUCUAAAGACUUAAGUGAAUGUUUGGUUGAAGGUUUGGUCAGUAAAAUAUUAAGCUCUGCCCAAGUGAUGGCCCAUGUUGAGUUGUCCAGAUUUCCCAUAAAAAUUAAAUGUAAAUAUUUCAUUGAUGUUGUAAUUUUCUUCUUAUAAAAGUAUUUUUUUAAUUAUUUGAACUGGUCUAUUCAGUAUGGAUGCAAUACUUACACAGUGAAACAUAAGCUGGUUGAAAAAGCUAAUUAUUUACAAACUUAACCCAAUAUUUUAAGUGAAAUGAAAGCAUUAUGAGAAUUUCAAAAAUAAAUGUCAAUGCAUUUAUUAAUUAGAUCAUACUAAUUAUACCUUGAUAAUGAAAACUUGUAACUAGUUUAUGCUGUCCUUGUUCAAUUUUUGUAAAAAUGUGAAUUGUGACAAGUUUAUUUUUAGAAAGUUAUUUAUAGAAAUCCAAAUGGUGAUAUAUUAAUCCUGGUGUGUUCAUGGUACCUGUGACUGCAGCCUUUUUGUUUAAAAUAUUUUAUAAAUAUAUUUAUUGUUAGCAUCUUAAGUUCUGUUUUUUAAAUUUUAUAAAUAUAUUUAUUAAGUUUUUUUUAAAUAUGUACAAAUCAAAAUGAGCAGUGUUACAUUUUGUUUAAGAUUUAUAUAGAUUUUGAUUUAUUUAACAAUCACCUUACAUUUUCAAAACCCACUAGUAAUUUUUUUUUAGAAAUAUAUCUGUAAUAUUAUACGUUUGAAAAGCUAGUAAUGUAUUCAAAAAGAUUUUUCAAAAUAGACAAAUGAUUGAUAACCUGUUUAGUGAGUCAGCUACAUUUUGGUAAGUUUGACCUGUAUGGCAUAGCAAGUUGAGUAGGGCCUAAAUGGUGUGUGGGUUAGCUGGUUGGAUAUUGCCUUGAUUAUUUGUCAAUGUGUUUCUACCAAAGAUGCCUGAUGUAUAACUCUGUCUAUUUACUCAGUUUAAACAAUGUAAAUUUAGGAGGGUAGCAAAAAAAUUGAAAACCAAAAUCCAACAGUGUAGUGUAGGUGAAAGUAUUAUUUGUUUACAAUACUCAUUUUAAUGUACAGAUUGACAUUCAACUAUGUAUUUAAAAAAGUGUUCCGUGCUGAAAAUGUAUUUGCUGUUGAGAUUAGUCAUUUGUGGUCAAAAUCUAGGUAUCUAACAAAGCCACUUUUGCUCACAAAUCUAGUUCCUUCCUGGUAACAUGCCAACUUCUAUACUCCUCAAUUUGAAGUUGGCUUUGUCAUUAAGAUUUUUAGGUUUAUUCAUUUUAUAUACAUUCCAAAUACUAUUAAUCUACAAUCAUUUUUAUAUUUACAUCCAUUUUAUAAAUAAUUCCUAAUUUCAUAUAAGCAAAGGAUUCAUCAUUUUAAAAUUUAAAUGCUCCUGUAAGAAACUGAAUGAGUUGUGAUUGUGUUAAAAAAUGUUGAUCAUAUUUAAACAGAACUUUUAGAGGCAUAACAGCUUUUAAAUUCAUCUGUAUAAUACUUUUUAACUCCUGUUUGAUUUAUAAUGUACUUUUAUGAUAUAAAAAAGAAACUUGGAUGAUAUAUAAAUUAUUCUUGUGAUACCCGAUUGAUGUCAAUCUUUAUUUUAAAUUCAAUGGCUGUAAUAUCAUUUGAUCUCUGAAAUGUUUGUUUUGGUAAAUAGCGAAACCUAAUUAAAUUAACCCUUUACAAGCCAGCAAAUUCUUAACUUGCAGCUGAUCAAUCCACUACCCUUUAAAAAUCUAGUCAUCAAAUUCUUGUCUCAUGACCCUCACAUUUUUCUACUCUCCUCAAUGGUCAUAGAACUCUCUAGAACAAUCAGGCUUUGUAUUGUAGGUCUAGCAUUUAGCUAUAGAGUCAGCCUAUAGUGUUGGCUCCUACAAUCUACAGUGUAGUAUUUCUCUAGUGAGUUGUGUAGAGUCAGCCUAUAGUGUUGGUCCAUACAAUACAGUGUAGUAUUUCUCUAGUGAGUUGUGUAGAGUCAGCCUAUAGUGUUGGCUCAUACAAUCUACAGUGUAGUAUGUCUCUAGUGAGUUGUGUAGAGUCAGCCUAUAGUGUUGGCUCAUACAAUCUAUAGUGUAGUAUUUCUCUAGUGAGUUUGUCAUUGGGGGACUGAACAAGCUCACACCUAUGUGUUGGUGACUACAGUUGUAUGUUUGCUGUACAACAGUUAGAGCUCUCAGCACUGAGUUUAGUCAGCAUUUAAUGCAGUCAGUUUAUGCGGUACACAUGGUACACAAUUUAAGGCCUGCAACAGCUGUGACCAUCAGUGAAUUAAAAUGUGAUAACCAUGUACACACCAUGUACACACUUCGCAUCCUUCACCAUGUACACACAUCUCAUCCUUUACCAUGUGCAACUCGUACAAGUUGUACAACCUCAUUUCUCAGCUGUACAAUUAUUUAUUUCUACAUCAGUGGCACUUGUGGCUUUUGUCCAAAUCUGUUUUUUUUUAUAUUUGUGUAAAUUCAGAAGAAAAAGAAUCCAACUCUGUUUAAUUAAUCUACAAAUUUUAUCAUCCCAGCACUUAUAAAUUUUUUUUUGUUAAAUAAGAUUACACCAAAGCUAUAAACUCUUUGUUUAAAUAUUUAAUUUUUUUAUAACAUAACAAUUGAGCUUUGAAUGAAAUCUUAUACAUUUCAUGACUUUACUGAAAUUGUUUUUUAAUGCUUAACUAGAAAAGUCAUUCUUAUUUUCUAAAGUGAAAUGUUAGAAAUUUAAUAUUUUUUCUGUAACAUGUGUCAACCCUAUUAAAUUUAAACUGAAAUUUCUUCUCUAAUCUUGUCAAACUUCCCAUGAUGCAAUGUCUUGAGUGUUCUGAUCUCACUUGUACUCUAGAUCCAAUUCUGCCUUAUUCGACUGCAUCAGUGGGCUACACUGUGUGGGUUACAACAUGAACUGUCAGUGAUGUCAAUUGACAUUUACUACAACUGUCAGUGAUGUCAAUUGACAUUUACUACAACUGUCAGUGAUGUCAAUUGACAUUUACUACAACUGUCAGUGAUGUCAAUUGACAUUUACUACAACUGUCAGUGGUGUCAAUUGACAUUUACUACAACUGUCAGUGAUGUCAAUUGACAUUUACUACAACUGUCAGUGAUGUCAAUUGACAUUUACUACAACUGUCAGUGAUGUCAAUUGACAUUUACUACAACUGUCAGUGAUGUCAAUUGACAUUUACUACAACUGUCAGUGAUGUCAAUUGACAUUUACUACAACUGUCAGUGAUGUCAAUUGACAUUUACUACAACUGUCAGUGAUGUCACUUGACAUUUACUACAACUGUCAGUGAUGUCAAUUGACAUUUACUACAACUGUCAGUGAUGUCAAUUGACAUUUACUACAACUGUCAGUGAUGUCAAUUGACAUUUACUACAACUGUCAGUGAUGUCAAUUGACAUUUACUACAACUGUCAGUGAUGUCAAUUGACAUUUACUACAACUGUCAGUGAUGUCAAUUGACAUUUACUACAACUGUCAGUGAUGUCAAUUGACAUUUACUACAACUGUCAGUGAUGUCAAUUGACAUCUAAGCUCAAAUCUGCCCUCAGUAUUGUUUGGACAUGAACUUUGUAAAAAUGAAUGAAAGCAAAUCAAUGCAACUCUGGGCAGGUAGCAUUUUGAACAAACACAUUUCAGGUGGGCGUUGUUUUAUGCAUUCAUGUUUUAUCUUCUUGGAUUCUCAUAUGCGGUAUAUCUUAUGCCAGAACUGAAUAAACUUUUUUACUAAAAUUA